AUGGAGCUUUCUUUCUCCUUGCCGUUCCAGCUUCAGGAGAACUUCCUCUUUGAAGAACUCCUGGACAAGACCUGCGACGCGGCGGCCCACGACGUGGCCUCAGAUCCUGGCUACUUCAGCGCCGGGAGCAGCCUGUCCCCGACCUCCUCUGAGGACUCCUUCUCCUUCUCGCCCGGUUCCCUCCAGACCAACCUGGCGGACGCUUUGGACUCUUUCUUCUUCAGCGGUCCUCCUCCCACUCCUGUUCUUCCAAAGUCCCCCCCUGCUAAGAAAUCCAGAUCCAGGUAUCCAGGAAAGAAGCGUCAGACGGCCAGCGAGAGGGAGAAGCUGAGGAUGAGGGAUUUGACCAAGGCUCUUCACCACCUGAGGUCCUACCUGCCGCCCGCGGUGGCCCCAGCGGGUCAGAUCCUGACCAAGAUCGAGACCCUGCGCCUCACUAUCCGCUACAUCUCCUUCCUGUCCGCUCAGCUGGGCCUCAGCGAGGAGGUUCUGGAACAGAGGAGGUCCUCGGGUUGCCCUGAGGCACCCCAGACCCUCAGCCAGUUCUUGGGUCAGCAGGACGGGGGCUUUAGGUCGCAUGACCACAUGUUCUCCGUGGAGCCUCCAUAUCAGGCGGACGUUGGCUUCAACGGCGAGCAGUCGGGGUCACCACUGCCACAGCAUCGAACCUUCUGUGGCCGCUGCUGA